CUAGUUCAACCCUCCUCUUAAAUACUUUUGACUCUUUGACCAAUUAUUCACUCAUGGUGUAUAACCAUGGCGUACUUUAUACAUUUUUAUCAUAUAUAAUCAUGUAUCCCUUGAGCUCCACCCUUACCAGGCUUCCCUUCCCUCGUGUUUAUUAUUGGGUCUCUUUUUCAACUUGUUUUUGGUACCAUUUUAACAUGUGCCAUAAAGUGCUUAUCUACUUCGGUGAUAGCUAUUCUACCAAUUUUCACUUUUUUGGUUGCAUUUUGUCAUGGUUACCUUUCUCUACUUCUUCCCACACCAUUCCUAUACCUGUGUCAUCUCAAACCCUGUGUUUCUGGCAUUUUGAAUUCAACUGUAACAUUAAACUCUUUCACCAGCCCUGCAAUUUUCGCUUCUCUCCCUCAAUCUCCCUCACUCUCAAACCCGAAAGUCUUGCUGGUGGGUGAUUCUCACUCUCUCCCCUGUCCCCCUGACUCCUCUUCUCCUCUCUUCGUUGCCUUCGCCUUCACCCCUCUUUGCUGCGCCUCUGCUCAGCUGCCGCGCCCUCUCCCUGUUUAUGCUUUUGUUUCAUUAUUAUACAAUUUUAGUUUCAUUCAUGCCCAAUCGGAUAUUUGAUUGUGGUGUUGAACUGAUGGUGUGAUUCAGCUUUGUGCCAAGGCUAAUUGAGGAUCUCUAACUUUUAUUCUUUUUCCAGUAUUCCUCUGACGUGUUAUUGUUUAAGUAUAGUGGUUCACACUGUUGCUGAACACACAUGCAAUUUCACUACUGUUGUGUUUCAUUCGUUUGCCAAACUUUUUGCAUCCGACUCCAUGGACACUAAUAUGAGGAUUUGGGACAUCAGAAAACAGGGAUGUAUUCAUGCAUACGAGGGUCACACCCAGUGCAUUGGUACUAUCAAAUUCACCGAUAUAUGUUGAGUACAAAUGUACUUUUUAAUUAGCAAAAUUUGAGUGCUGUUUAUUGACAAAUUAUAUUUUUCUUUUGUUAACCUGGCUAAUGUUUUCUAAAAUAUAUAUUUUUGAGGUUCUGACUCAAUUUCUAUGGUUUUAUCUCUCUAUUAUUUUCUUCAAGAAACCUGAAGCUCGAGUUUACUUUUUCCAUCUCUACGUCUGAGCCACAUCUCUUUUCUGCUCCGUUGCUACCUCCUCUUCGCUUCUCUGCUCUUCUUCUGUGCUACUUUGCUCCAUCGCCUCCUCCUCUCAGCCAGUCUGCUCCACCUCUCUGUCUCUGCUGGUUUUUCUGCUACUAAACGUUUUAAAUUUUAUUGUUGUUCAAUGUGUUAUUGUUGAUUAAGUGCUAAUGUUGCUGCUGCUAUAAGUUCAAAUAUGCUGAUUGUUAACUUUAUUUAUUUUUGCAUUUAUUUUUCCCCCUCCCUUUUGGAAUCAUCAUGAGGAUAGAGACAAACUUUGAAGUAGUUAUUUCUGUUUGUUAUUUUGCUCGAUGCAGUGGAACGUCAGAAAACUAUGUUUUGAAACUUUGCAUUUGGACCUGGGAUUGAGGUUUGCUCUCCUGUGAGUCACAAUUUAUUCCUCGAGAAAUUGGCCAUGAUCGUUGUUGAACUUUGGAGAGUUCGAAGAGAGGUUGCUAGCCAAUAAUUUGUUCCUUGCAAAGGUCGCCAUGGAAUGCGGUGUUGGCAUCUUCACCACGGUUCCCUCCAUUUUUCAUUCCCUAAUUCACCUAACUAUGAACAUUUGUGUCAGCUGUUAAUUAAUUUUAAUUACCCUAUGAUUAGGGGCUAAACAAUAAUAAUUAAUAGUAAUUAUUUGGUGUGGUUCUCAUACUGUUAUGAAGUUGGAGAAGCGCAAAGAGAAUUUCGCCAAGGAGCCUGAUUUUGUUUGUGUUGAUGUGCCGUUAUAUGCUUGGAUAAGAAGCUAGACUGGAUUGACAGUAUACUUCGUUCAAAGACGGUGCAUUUACUCACCUUUUAGAAGGCUUAGGUGCAGGUCCUUUUGCUGUCUUUAUUGAUUCUCCAGUUAAUGUGGUGAAAUCUAGAAUGGUGGGUGAUUCAACCUACAGAAGUACAUUUGACUGCUUUCACAAGACUUCACAUCGAGAAUUCAUCAAUCCAUAUGGAAUUAGUUCCUUGUCUCAAACUCAAAAUGAUUCUGAAUUUUCAUCUGAUAGAAUGUCUCAGUUCGGCACAGCACGUGAUUAUCAUGAUUUCGACAUGCAAAAUGAACCAUAUUGGUAUAAUGAAAAGGACGAAGACUAUUUCAUGACUCCGAAUUUCGAAGGGCCUGAUUUCUUUGGGAACCAAAGUGAGGAUAAGUUUGUCAUGACAGCAGAAAUGGAAAACCAACAUGACAAUCCUCUUAGUCUUGCUUUUGACCACAAAAAAUCUCGGUUAGAGGGAAAUGAAUCAAAUGAUAGUUACAUGGAAAUGCGACUUUAUAAUCAUUCCUCUGUAAGGAAUGGAAAUGCGACUUAUUCAAAAGGCUAUAGUCUAGUGGUUGAUAACAAGGAUUUUGAAGUCGAAUCGGAAGGUAAGACCGAGAAACAAAUCGUAUUCUAUGGUUGUGAGGUUCCAUUUCGCAAAGGCUGUGAUGGUUCAGGAGAGCCUUGUAACGGGGAUCCUACGAACUUCAGCUAUCCUAGUUUGAAGGAGAUUCAUCUGAAUGAUUUUCAUUUGAAGGUUGUUGGAGAUAUUAGCUUUUUUGGUUCAGCUCUUGAGCAUGCUGAGAAUGGAAGUUUCAACUACUACACUAAAAAGGACAAAAGUGUAGGCUAUGAGGAUCCGUUCGACAUAACUAUCAAAGUUGCUGAAACAGAUCUACCAAAAGGAGUUGACAACCAUGAAGCUCGAGAUGAUGGAGAUUUUACCGAAGAGUGCCAAGAUCCAGACAUUGCUGCAGAUGGAGAGGUUGCUACUGAUGAUGAGCUCUUAAAGUACACUCAAGAGGAUGAAUAUGAAGUAUUUGACCUGAGAAUUAUACACAGAAAGAACAGGACUGGAUUUGAAGAAAAUAAGGAGCUCCCAAUUGUGCUGAAUACAAUCAUCGCCGGCAGGUACUAUAUAACGGAGUAUCUUGGUUCAGCUGCCUUCAGUAGGGUUGUCCAGGCUCACGAUCUUCAUACAGGAAUAGAUGUUUGCUUGAAGAUUAUUAAAAAUGACAAAGACUUCUUUGAUCAAAGCUUAGAUGAAAUCAAGCUUCUGAAACUUGUCAAUAAGCAUGAUCCAGCAGAUCAACGCCACAUAUUGUGUCUUUACGAUUAUUUCUACCAUCAGGAACAUUUGUUCAUUGUAACGGAGCUUCUCCGAGCAAACUUAUAUGAAUUUCAAAAAUUCAACCAAGAAUCUGGAGGAGAGGCAUAUUUUACAUUGAAUAGGCUACAGCUCAAUACUCACUCUCCUCCGGCAGACCAGAGUAAGCCCACCAUUGUUACUACUUCCAAAUCAGACUCAAAGAAUGACACUGGCCCCUCUAUUACUUCAAAUUCUAGUGGAUCCAAGCCUACUUCCCUUUGGAUUUCCCAUGAAGAAUGGAGUGAGCGACAACGGCGAGGACUAUGUUUUCGAUGUGCUGACAAGUGGAAUCUGAGUCACAUAUGCAAAUUCCGCCACCAACAGCUGAUCCUUUUGGGUGAAGAUGACGACGAACCACAAGACCUUGAGGCAGCUCCUCCCAUGGCAGAACCUGAUAUAGCUCUUCACACACUGUCUCUGCACCUCUCGUCCCUUAGCUACUGGGGUCUCACAUCCCAUCAAACUCUGAAAGUUCGUGGGGUCAUCAAUGGUAGGGAGGUGGUUAUUUUGGUCGACCCAGGUGCUGAGGCUAAUUUCAUUUCCUCUACUCUAGUCUCCACUUUGGGUUUACCACUGAUGCGCCUACCUCCGUUCCACAUCGAGGUGGGUAAUGGUGCGAUUGAGCAGGGCUUAGGUGGAUGCGAGAACGUCAAAAUUCUGGUGCAAGGAAUUUCCAUCAUUGCAAACUUUUUGGUUAUGGAAUUAGGACGAUCCGAAGUAGUUUUGGGUGCUGGUUGGGUCGCCAGUCUUGGGAAAUUUGAAGGCGACUACAACACUUUAUCGCUUAGCUGGGUACAAGAUGGUUCGAAGGUUACAUUACAGGGUGAUCCAACCUUGGGAAGGACUCAUGCCAGUAGUAAGGUGACUCUACAAGCCCUGCGAAAUGCUGAAGAGGGAUUUUUGGUUACUCCGUUAUUCCGCCCUGAUGCCGAUGAAGAUUCUGUCACCAUCUCUUCCGAGACCACUGAACUCUUGAGCCAAUUCGAUGAUCUGUUCCAGUCCCCAUCUGGUCUUCCUCCUCAGAGAUCACAUGACCAUGCCAUAGUAUUAAAAGAGAAUUCAGAUAUUCCCAACAUACGCCUUUAUCGGUAUCCUCACUAUCAGAAGGAGGAAAUGGAGAAGAUAAUUGAGGAAAUGCUUCAAAUAGGAAUUAUCAGACCUAGUACUAGUCCAUUCUCUAGUCCAGUAAUUCUUGUGAAGAAAAAGGAUGGCGGAUAGCGAUUUUGUGUUGAUUAUCGGGCGCUCAACAAAAUCACCGUUCCG